AUGACCGACGGUCCUAGGCAGCGGGGCAAUGCAUCCGCAGAUGGGGAUACGCCCUCCUCCGAAUCCACUAAAGAAGCCUCGGGAAGAGUGACGCUGAAGAAGGAGAUUGGCCUUGUCAGCGCAUGUGGAAUUAUUGUGGGUAAGUCAUUAUUAUGUUCAUGCUAUGUAUAAUGUCUUCCUCAAUGUAGGUAUGGGUGUGUCCACCUAAAAUCCAACCUGAUAGAUUGAAAUGAAAUGUAUGGUCCACAUGGAUUUUUUAGCAGAACCUAGCAGAGUAAAUAACCUUUAACAGAUUGCACAAACAGUGCUAAUUUUGCAGUUGAUCUGAACUAGUCUUCAAAAACGUACGUUUUUCAGUCUGUACGUUAUUUUUUACUGGCCAGACUACCUCCUUAUGAAAGUUUCCUGUGAUUGCAAGAAAAUCCACAUUAUGUGCUUGUGUGUGUUGUCUAUUUAACUGGUAUGUGGAUUUGUUCAAAAAUGGCUGUCACGGAGCAGCAUCCAUCCCACCCACAUGCAGAGGAAGUCAAUAAAAAGUAAUCUCAAUAAUGCUUGGCCUGUGCACCAGCUGCACUUAAAAUCAUCAGCAUAGUGGCCCGGGCCGCACCAUUCACAAUAAGCAUGCUGCAAAUCUCUUGCAACAAGACAAGAUAAUAACCUCACUCAGUUCUAUAAGAUAGUCUAGACCAGAGUCCGGUUGCAUAAAACACCUUAAAUUAAUUUCCCCCUUUAUCUUUUCCCUUAAUUUUUCCUUAACUUUAAAUCGGCUGCACAAAAUUUAAGGUGAAUUCCCCCCUUAAUUAAGUGAAAGUUAAGGGUGCCCAUAAUAUCUCUUAACUGCUUCAUUCAGAUAUCAAUGUAAAUAGUUAAUUAUUGGGCUGCGGUAAUGUUUUUUUAAAAAUAGCCUUUUUGUUUUUACUAGAAUACAUGCAUUUUCUGAACACCCCACAAUACUGAACACCCAGUACAUAUUAAACCUUCAAGAAAACAUAUUUUCCCACCUCAGGCAUUAAAGCCCUUUAUUAUUGUCAAUUUUUGUCUGACAUGGACACCAUUUAUCUUCAACCUCGUUAGACAAUAUGGAUGUUUAUAAAAGAUACUUGUUAUAAAAUCAACAUUUACCAAAUGCUCAUGUGUCCUCCAAACCAAUUCAAUUAUUAUAAAUAUAAAAUGUAUGUAAAUCUCAAAUUUGCUAUAUUAAACCCUGAAAUAGACACAUUGUGUCAGCGGGCUCAUUUAAAUAAAAAAAUGCUUUUAAUUCAGAAUUUUAACAAAUCUAAUCUUCUUGGGAUUGUCCUUAACAUUUCAGACUGAGCUCAGAAAAAAUAUUUAUUCAUUUUUGCCAUUUUAUUUAACAAAUAUUGUCAUGUGGAGACUCAUGGGCGGUGCACAAUUGGCCCAGCGUCGUCCAGGGUAGGGGAGGGAAUGGCCGGCAGGGAUGUAGCUCAGUUGAUAGAGCAUGGCGUUUGCAACGCCAGGGUUGUGGGUUCGAUUCCCACGGGGGGCCAGUAUAAAAAAUAAAAUAUAUAUGUAUUCACUAACUGUAAGUCGCUCUGGAUAAGAGCGUCUGCUAAAUGACGUAAAUGUAAUGUGAUGGUGUUGAGACUAGGGUUACAGGGUUGAAGAGACACAUCGGUUUCCAUAUAAAUUAGUUUAGUAUACUAUCAAAAUCCCUCCAAGACUUAACCCCAAAACAUUGCAUGCAACCAUGUAAUAAGGACAUUUAGAUAUAUUUAGAAUUAUCACAUUUCAGGAGAAGAUGCAGACAGUGUCGAAGUAACAAACGUUUAUUACAAAAACAGGGGGCAGGCAAACAACAGGUCAAGGGCAGGCAGAGGUCAGUAAUCCAGAUCAGAGUCCAAAAGGUAGGCAGGCAGGCUCAGAGCAGGCAGAAUGGUCAAAACUGGGAAAACUAGAAAACAGGUACUUGAGAAAGACAGGCGCAAGGAGAAAACCGCUGGUAGGUUUGACGAAACAAAACAUACUGGCAACAGACAAACAGAGAACACAGAUAUAAAUACACUGGGGAAGAUGGGUGACACCUGGAGGGGGGUGGAGACAAUCACAAAGACAGGUGAAACAGAUCACGGUGACAAGAAUAAUCUGGGUUUUAUUAACCAAACUGCAGUAAAUAUCGAAACAAAUAAAAACACAUCAGGCAUUAGGGUAAUAAAUAACGUUUAACAGAUUUCAUCAGAAAAGUUCAAUGUGUCAUCAAACUGUAGGAACAUUUUCCAAGGGCAUUUAGAAUACUAGAACAGCUGUAACUACAGCACUAGUGUCAGCAUGACUAUCAUCUUCUCAGGAGCACCAUAUUCAUUCAUUCAUGGUUUUCUUCCUGAGAGUCUGGCCCACACAUCUCUCUCAACCUCAACGUGGCAGGAUGUCACACGCUGUGGGGGUGGAAUCAUCUCAAGGACUUCAUCAAACUGAUACCAGUGGAUGUCGUCUCGAAGGCCAGAAGAAUCUGUUUGGUCCUACACGAUGCAUACAUUUAACUUGUACACUAAUUCAAUCCGUGCCGAGGAUGAUGCCUGGAUAAAGGUCAUCAUCAUAUUCCACUACACACCACUGCCCAAGAAGACCUGGAUUUCCCCACUGGAUUUCGUCCACAGGUUGUGGAUUUUUCUCAUUGGCUGGCUGUUCUGGAGCAGCCAGGACAUUCUGCCUGAAACUGAAGUGCUGUGUGUUAAAGCAUAUACAGUUUAGGUCCCUCUUUGUUGAACAAAGGCAGCUGACAUCAGCUCACCAGGAGCAAGGGUGAUGACCUGGUGUAUUCUCAAGGUGGAGGGCACCGCUUUUAUCGGGCUUGGCAUCAUCUCCAUCGCACGUUCAACAUCGCCACUCUUUACAAAGAACAGCUUCACUGACGUGUUUGUCUCAUGGAGGGCUUUGUAAAGCUCCUGUGCAUCACUGAAAUCACGGCCCUUAGCCACCAACCUGUCCGCCGUUCUCUUCAACGUUUCUCCCACACCAUCAGGAGCCCCUUUUCCAUGGCUUGACUCAAAUCCUGGCUGUGGGAUUGCUCUGGAACAUGAUCUGGACUUUGUGGAGGAGUGGUCAAGUUCUUCAGUGCUCCUUUCCUCUCCUUGCUUCUUUUGUAUGCUGUUCUCCAUUGUUUACGCUUCUGACGCUGGUCUCUCUCACUUAAAUCACUGAUCUUUUUAUUUUUCCCUGCCUCAACAUUUCUUUUCCAUCUCUGACACUCUCUCUCAAGGUAUUGUUCCCUUUCUUCUGGGUCAGCAUUUUGACGUGCUCGACACUGCCUUUGUCUUUCUGCUGCUGAUGUGGGUGCCAUCAUUCCCUAGAUGUUUCAUUGGAUAACAUUAAAUCAAAGAUUCUUAGAAUAUAUACAUGUAUACACUAUAAUCCUUGAGUAAUUUAGGACCUAGAGCGACUUAAAGGAACAACUGAAAUUAUGAGCCUUGCUCAACUCUCCUAACAGUAGGCUACCAGCCUUAAAAUAUAUUUUUUGUUCACACGGAACACAUUACAACUUGUUUCGUAAGUGAAUAUAAACAAUAUAAUGUAUAAUAUAUUGAAUAAUUCAUUUGUUUAGAUGCAAUAUUCAUAAAUCAUGUAAAUAACUCAACCCUGGUCACAGGUUUACAACCCCCUUACAAUGAAACAUGUGACGGGGUUGAGUUUUUUUUGGUCAAAAUGGCCUCUGCUCCUCAUGUGGUGAAGAACAGGAGACCACAUGGUGUGCAUUACAUUAAUAGAUUGUAUAUUUUUAUGGGUUCAAGUAUAAUUUUAUAAGUACUAGUUUUCCAUCUUUAUUUCAUGUAAUGGGGUUGAGUUGGUCAGCUCGACGAUCCCCACCUGACUUUAAAAAACAACAAAAUACAGAUAUAAAAUAAUGUGAUUACUUGCCUGUUACUGUACCAUGCAGUUCAAAAUUGUUGAAUGAUGUCACUUCCUGUUAAUGAUGGCACAUAAGGGUGGACUGACCAUUUUUAUUGGCGGAGUUUGGUUGGUGUGACGGGGUUGAGGGUAGACAGAGCUAAAUUGUGUGAUAAAAAAAAAAUCAAUAAUCAUGCAUUUAUUUGAUAAAUACUUUCUCAACAAAAUAACACAAGUUUGCAUUAAUGGCAAAAGUUAUUAAUUAUGUGCACAUUAUAAUAUUAAUUUCCCAUGUAAAAUAAAAUAAUUUGUUAAUUUGACAAAUUUGAAAUCACACUGGAUGUAUUAGACUUUAGAAUUGCAUUGGGGGCAUAUUUAUUUCACUGUACACCCUUACCUAUGGAUUAUGGAUAAUUUACAUGGGAUAUCAGUCUUCUCAGUGACACCCAGAUAACAUUAGUGUCGUAGCUCUUAUUGCGGGACUCUGAAACCACUGUAAAUUGAGCCACAUUUAUUGUACCAGUCACCCUACUAUGUGUAUUGAACACAAUUCCAGAGGAAAAACAAUACAACCUGGAUGUUUUGGAGUCUGAACUCUGAGGAGGAUGUUGGGGAAAAAAGCUCUUGGUACUGAGUAGACUGACACCCCAUUUACAGUGAGGGGAAAAAAGUAUUAGAUCCCCUGAUUUUGUACGUUUGCCCACUGACAAAAUAAUGAUCAGUCUAUAAUUUUAAUGGUAGGUUUAUUUGAACAGUGAGAGACAGAAUAACAAAAAAAAAAUCCAGAAAAACGCAUGUAAAAAAUGUUAUAAAUUGAUUUGCAUUUUAAUGAGGGAAAUAAGUAUUUGAACCCUCUCAAUCAGAACGAUUUCUGGCUCCCAGGUGUCUUUUAUACAGGUAACGUGCUGAGAUUAGGAGCACACUCUUAAAGGGAGUGCUCCUAAUCUCAGUUUGUUACCUGUAUAAAAGACAGCUGUCCACAGAAGCAAUCAAUCAAUCAGAUUCCAAACUCUCCACCAUGGCCAAGACCAAAGAGCUAUCCAAGGAUGUCAGGGACAAGAUUGUAGACCUACACAAGGCUGGAAUGGGCUACAAGACCAUCGCCAAGCAGCUUGGUGAGAAGGUGACAACAGUUGGUGCGAUUAUUCCCAAAUGGAAGAAACACAAAAUAACUGUCAAUCUCCCUCAGCCUGGGGCUCCAUGCAAGAUCUCACCUCGUGGAGUUGCAAUGAUCAUGAGAACGGUGAGGAAUCAGCCCAGAACUACACGGGAGGAUCUUGUCAAUGAUCUCAAGGCAACUGGGACCAUCGUCACCAAGAAAACAAUUGGUAACACACUACGCCGUGAAGGACUGAAAUCCUGCAGCGCCCGCAAGGUCCCCCUGCUCAAGAAAGCACAUAUACUGGCCCGUCUGAAGAUUGCCAAUGAACAUCUGAAUGAUUCAGAGGAGAACUGGGUGAAAGUGUUGUGGUCAGAUGAGACCAAAUUCGAGCUCUUUGGCAUCAACUCAACUCGCCGUCUUUGGAGGAGGAGGAAUGCUGCUUAUGACCCCAAGAACACCAUCCCCACCGUCAAACAUGGAGGUGGAAACAUUAUGCUUUGGGGGUGUUUUUCUGCUAAAGGGACAGGACAACUUCACCGCAUCAAAGGGACGAUGGACGGGGACAUGUACCGUCAAAUCUUGGGUGAGAACCUCCUUCCCUCAGCCAGGGCAUUGAAAAUGGGUCGUGGAUGGGUAUUCCAGCAUGACAAUGACCCAAAACACACGGCCAAGGCAACAAAGGAGUGGCUCAAGAAGAAGCACAUUAAGGUCCUGGAGUGGCCUAGCCAGUUCUCCAGACCUUAAUCCCAUAGAAAAUCUGUGGAGGGAGCUGAAGGUCCGAGUUGCCAAACGUCAGCCUCAACCUUAAUGACUUGGAGAAGAGGAGUGGGACAAAAUCCCUCCUGAGAUGUGUGCAAACCUGGUGGCCAACGUCUGACCUCUGAUUGCCACCAAGUACUAAGUCAUGUUUUGCAGAGGGGUCAACUACUUAUUUCCCUCAUUAAAAUACAAAAAUACAUUUAUAACAUUUUUGACAUGUGUUUUUCUGGAUUUGUUUUGUUAUUAUUCUGUCUCUCACUGUUCAAAUAAACCUACCAUUAAAAUUAUAGACUGAUCAUGUCUUUGUCUGUGGUCAAAAGUACAAAAUCAGCAGGGGAUCAAAUACUUUUAUUUUGAAGGCAAACCGUGAAUUCCACUAUUGUGGCUAAUCCUUAUUGUAGCUAUUUUCACAACACAUAACCCGGUCUGGUCAAGCCUCACCAGCCAGAUGAAGUUUACUGGCUGCUUAUAACGUUAGCUUUGGGCAACCGGGUUAAGUAGCUGGCUAGCUAGUUAUUUUCAUGACCUGAAGUUCAAGUGGCUACCUAGCUAAUACUUACUCACAUGGAUUCCUAAAUCAUUGCUAAGAAUAUUGAAAAUGACUGCAGUUUCUAUUGGUAAUUUGUUUCAGGCUAAUUUUAGUUGCAUUGGUGCUAGCUAGGUAACAUUACCAAGGUAAAGCUAGCUAGUUACCCCAGAAGUUGCUAAUAACAUCUAUAAAAUAUUAAUAUCUAUCAGUGGGGAGAACAAGUAUUUGAUACACUGCCGAUUUUGCAGGUUUUCCUACUUACAAAGCAUGUAGAGGUCUGUAAUUUUUAUCAUAGGUACACUUCAACUGUGAGAGACGGAAUCUAAAACAAAAAUCCAGAAAAUCACAUUUGUAUGAUUUUUAAGUAAUUAAUUUGCAUUUUAUUGCAUGACAUAAGUAUUUGAUCACCUACCAACCAGUAAGAAUUCCGGCUCUCACAGACCUGUUAGUUUUUCUUUAAGAAGCCCUCCUGUUCUCCACUCAUUACCUGUAUUAACUGCACCUGUUUGAACUCGUUACCUGUAUAAAAGACACCUGUCCACACACUCAAUCAAACAGACUCCAACCUCUCCACAAUGGCCAAGACCAGAGAGCUGUGUAAGGACAUCAGGGAUAAAAUUGUAGAACUACACAAGGCUGGGAUGGGCUACAGGACAAUAGGCAAGCAGCUUGGUGAGAAGGCAAAAACUGUUGGCGCAAUUAUUAGAAAAUGGAAGAAGUUCAAGAUGACGGUCAAUCACCCUCGGUCUGGGGCUCCAUGCAAGAUCUCACCUCGUGGGGCAUCAAUGAUCAUGAGGAAGGUGAGGGAUCAGCCCAGAACUACACGGCAGGACCUGGUCAAUGACCUGAAGAGAGCUGGGACCACAUUCUCAAAGAAAACCAUUAGUAACACACUACGCCGUCAUGGAUUAAAAUCCUGCAGCGCACGCAAGGUCCCCCUGCUCAAGCCAGCGCAUGUCCAGGCCUGUCUGAAGUUUGCCAAUGACCAUCUGGAUGAUCCAGAGGAGGAAUGGGAGAAGGUCAUGUGGUCUGAUGAGACAAAAAUAGAGCUUUUUGGUCUAAACUCCACUCGCCGUGUUUGGAGGAAGAAGAAGGAUGACAACCCCAAGAACACCAUCCCAACCGUGAAGCAUGGAGGUGGGAACAUCAUUCUUUGGGGAUGCUUUUCUGCAAAGGGCACAGGACGACUGCACCGUAUUGAGGGGAGGAUAAAUGGGGCCAUGUAUCGCGAGAUCUUGGCCAACAACCUCCUUCCCUCAGUAAGAGCAUUGAAGAUGGGUUGUGGCUGGGUCUUCCAGCAUGACAACGACCCGAAACACACAGCCAGGGCAACUAAGGAGUGGCACCGUAAGAAGCAUCUCAAGGUCCUGGAGUGGCCUAGCCAGUCUCCAGACCUGAACCCAAUAGAACAUCUUUGGAGGGAGCUGAAAGUCUGUAUUGCCCAGCGACAGCCCCGACACCUGAAGGACCUGGAGAAGGUCUGUAUGGAGGAGUGGGCCAAAAUCCCUGCUGCAGUGUGUGCAAACCUGGUCAAGACCUACAGGAAACAUAUGAUCUCUGUAAUUGCAAACAUAGGUUUCUGUGCCAAAUAUUAAGUUCUGCUUUUCUGAUGUAUCAAAUACUUAUGUCAUGCAAUAAAAUGCAAAUUAAUUACUUAAAAAAUCAUACAAUGUGAUUUUCUGGAUUUUUGUUUUAGAUUCAGUCUCUCACAGUUGAAGUGUACCUAUGAUAAAAAAUUACAGACCUCUACAUGCUUUGUAAGUAGGAAAACAUGCAAAAUCGGCAGUGUAUCAAAAACUUGUUCUCCCCACUGUAUAUACAGUAUCUCACAAAAGUGAGUACACCCCUCACAUUUUUGUAAAUAUUUGAGUAUAUCUUUUCAUGUGACAACUUUGCUACAAUGUAAAGUAGUGAGUGUACAGCUUGUAUAACAGUGUAAAUUUGCUGUCCCCUCAAAAUAAAUCAACACACAGCCAAAAACCGCUGGCAACAAAAGUGACAGCAUGGGAAAAUCAAAAGAAAUCAGCCAAGACCUCAGACAUUUUUUUUUAGACCUCCACAAGUCUGGUUCCUCCUUGGGAGCAAUUUCCAAACGCCAGAAGGUACCACGUUCAUCUGUACAAACAAUAGUACGCAAGUAUAAACACCAUGGGACCACGCAGCCAUCAUACCGCUCAGGAAGGAGACGUGUCCCCUAGAGAUUAACGUACUUUGGUGCGAAAAAUGCAAAUCAAUCCCAGAACAACAGCAAAGGUCCUUGUGAAGAUGCUGGAGGAAACAGGUACAAAAGUAUCUUAUCCCCGUAAACAGUGAAGGCCGCAGCAGGGAAGCACGUCCAAAACGCAUAAAAAGCAACUAUGCAACUGAAUGGGCAAAGAUCGUACUUUUUGAAGACAUUAAACAAAAAUUAACUGUUUGCCAUAUGACCAUCGUUAUGUUUGGAGGAAAAAGGGGGCUGCUUGCAAGCCGAAGAACACCAUCCCAACCGUGAAGAACGGGGGUGGCAGCAUCAUGCUGUGGGGGUGUUUUGCUGCAGGAGGGACUGGUGCACUUCACAAAAUAGAUGGCAUCAUGAGGAAAGAAAAGUUAUGUGGAUAUAUUGAAGCAACAUGUCAAGACAUCAGUCAGGAAGUUAAAGCUUGGUCGCAAAUGGGUCUUACAAAUGGACAAUGACCCCAAGCAUACUUCCAAAGUUGUGGCAAAAUGGCUUAAGGACAACAAAGUCAAGGUAUUGGAGUGGCCAUCACAAAGCCCUGACCUCAAUCCUAUAGAAAAUGUGUGUGCAGAACUGAAAAAGCGUGUGCGAGCAAAGAGGUCUACAGACCUGACUCAGUUAAACCAACUCUGUCAGAAGGAUUGGGCCAAAAUUCACCCAACUUAUUGUGGGAAGCUUGUGGAAGGCUACCCGACACGUUUGACCCAAGUUAAACAAUUUAAAGGCAAUGCUACCAAAUACUAAUUGAGUGUAUGUAAACUUCUGACCCACUGGGAAUGUGAUUUUAAAAAAUCCUUUAUUACUUUCCAACCCAACCACCCCUCCCCUAAUUUGAGUAAACUAGUGAACAACAAGGCUUAGGCUUUUACUUCCAGCUUAUACAUACUAUAUACAUUUUAUGGGCACAGUCAAUUUUUCAGACUUAGGUAUGAUGCUUCAAGCUUGGCACACCUGUAUUUGGGGAAUUUCUCCCAUUCUUCUCUGCAGAUCCUCUCAAGCUCUGUCAGGUUGGAUGGGGAGCGUCACUGCACAGCUAUUUUCAGGUCUCUCCAGAGAUGUUCGAUCAGGUUCAAGUCCGGGCUCUGGCUGGGCCACUCAAGGACAUUCAGAGACUUAUCCCGAAGCCACUCCUGCAUUGUCUUGGCUGUGUGCUUAGGGUCGUUGUCCUGUUGGAAGGUGAACCUUCGCCCCAGUCUGAGGUCCUGAGCGCUCUGGAGCAGGUUUUCAUCAGGAAUCUCUCUGUACUUUGCUCCGUUCAUCUUUCCCUCGAUCCUGACUAGUCUCCCAGUCCCUGCCGCUGAAAAACAUCCCCACAGCAUGAUGCUGCCACCACCAUGCUUCACCGUAGGAAUGGUGCCAGGUUUCCUCCCGACAUGAUGCUUGGCAUUCAAGCCAAAGAGUUCAAUCUUGGUUUCAUCAGACCAGAGAAUCUUGUUUCUCAUGGUCAGAAUCCUUUAGGUGCCUUUUGGCAAACUCCAAGCAGGCUGACAUGUGCCUUUUACUGAGGAGUGGCUUCCGUCUGGCCACUCUACCAUAAAGGCCUGAUUGGUGGAGUGCUGCAGAGAUGGUUGUCCUUCUGGAAGGUUCUACCAUCUCCACAGAGGAACUCUAGACCUCUGUCAGAGUGACCAUCAUCGGGUUCUUCGUCACCUCCCUGACCAAGGCCCUUCUUCCCCGAUUGCUCAGUUUGGCUGGGCGGCCAACUCUAGGAAGAGUCUUGGUGGUUCCAAACUUAUCCCAUUUAAGAAUGAUGGAGGCCACUGUGUUCUUGGGGACCUUCAAUGCUGUUUGGUACCCUUCCUCAGUUCUGUGCCUCGACACAAUCCUGUCUCGGAGCUCUACAGACAAUUCCUUCGAGCUCAUGGCUUGGUUUUUGCUCUUACCUGCACUGUCAACUGUGGGACUUUUUAUAUAGACAGGUGUGUACCUUUCCAAAUCAUGUCCAAUCAGUUGAAUUUACCACAGAUGGACGCCAAGUUGUAGAAACAUCUCAAGGAUGCUCAUUGGAAACGGGAUGCACUGGAGUUAAAUUUUGAGUCUCAUAGCAAAGGGUCUGAAUACUUAUGUAAAUAAGGUAUUUCUGGUUUUUAUUUUUAAUACAUUUGCAAACAUUUCUAAAAACCUGUUUUCGCUUUGUCAUUAAGGGGUAUUGUGUGUAGAUUGAGGAAAAAAAUGAAUGUAAUCCAUUUUAGAAUAAGGCUAACGUAACAAAAUGUGGAGAAAGUCAAGGGGUCUGAAUGCACUGUACUUGCUUAUUUUGUCACAAACUAAUAUUAGGCGAACUAUUCAAAUUUCUGCAACCUGGAAAUGGAGGCGCGAUUUCUGCAUAGUAGUGCAUCUUUAAAGGUGUACUAUGCAGAAAUUGCGCACAUAGAACAGACCUACUGCUUCUUAGACUUGCUUUCAACGAGUGACAUAUCUAUAACUCAUAUUUCUAUGUGAAUUUGGUAGGGUCACCCAAAAACGUGCAUAUUGCAGCUUUAAGGUAAACCCUUAAAGGGUAUGUAGCAUAAACGUAACCACAUGUAACAUGGAUUUGCAUUAGAAUACGCAUCAAACGUCCCAAUGCAAAGUUACACCUCACCUUUUACAUUUUUGGAGUUAUUAAAUAAAACUGAUCAGCAUUCCAAAGAAUGCCGAAGUCAUGCCGGAAAAAAACAUUUGUGGGGUGACUUAAUAUGGAGGAUGCGGCAAGGCAGCCUAUUCUCUAUAAUGUAAACUCCAACAGUAAUAACAUAACUAAAAAUUAAACCAAAUAAAUUUCACUCAUGACUAUUGGUUUCAAUUUAAUUUUCAGCCAACUUACAAGCAAAUACUUUAGGAUUUUUUUGUUACAAAUUUGCUAGCCAACUAGCCUGCUAAUGUUAGCCCUACAAGCUGCUAACGUUACGUUAGCACUGCGUGAGUCAGCCAGAUACUAUCAGAACCUAGCUUCCAGCUACAUUAAAGUAAACCAACGUUAUCAAGUACAGUGGUGGAAAAAAAGUAUUUAGUCAGCCACCAAUUUAGCAAGUUCUCCCACUUAAAAAGAUGAGAGAGGCCUGUAAUUUCAUCAUAGGUACACGUCAACUAUGACAGACAAAUUUAGAUUUUUUUUCUCCAGAAAAUCACAUUGUAGGAUUUUUUAUGAAUUUAUUUGCAAAUUAUGGUGGAAAAUAAGUAUUUGGUCACCUACAAACAAGCAAGAUUUCUGGCUCUCACAGACCUGUAACUUCUUCUUUAAGAGGCUCCUCUGUCCUCCACUCGUUACCUGUAUUAAUGGCACCUGUUUGAACUUGUUAUCAGUAUAAAAGACACCUGUCCACAACCUCAAACAGUCACACUCCAAACUCCACUAUGGCCAAGACCAAAGAGCUGUCAAAGGACACCAGAAACAAAAUUGUAGUCCUGCACCAGGCUGGGAAGACUGAAUCUGCAAUAGGUAAGCAGCUUGGUUUGAAGAAAUCAACUGUGGGAGCAAUUAUUAGGAAAUGGAAGACAUACAAGACCACUGAUAAUCUCCCUCGAUCUGGGGCUCCACGCAAGAUCUCACCCCGUGGGGUCAAAAUGAUCACAAGAACGGUGAGCAAAAAUCCCAGAACCACACGGGGGGACCUAGUGAAUGACCUGCAGAGAGCUGGGACCAAAGUAACAAAGCCUACCAUCAGUAACACACUACGCCGCCAGGGACUCAAAUCCUGCAGUGCCAGACGUGUCCCCCUGCUUAAGCCAGUACAUGUCCAGGCCCGGCUGAAGUUUGCUAGAGUGCAUUUGGAUGAUCCAGAAGAGGAUUGGGAGAAUGUCAUAUGGUCAGAUGAAACCAAAAUAGAACUUUUUGGUAAAAACUCAACUCGUCGUGUUUGGAGGACAAAGAAUGCUGAGUUGCAUCCAAAGAACACCAUACCUACUGUGAAGCAUGGGGGUGGAAACAUCAUGCUUUGGGGCUGUUUUUCUGCAAAGGGACCAGGACGACUGAUCCGUGUAAAGGAAAGAAUGAAUGGGGCCAUGUAUCGUGAGAUUUUGAGUGAAAACCUCCUCCCAUCAGCAAGGGCAUUGAAGAUGAAACAUGGCUGGGUCUUUCAGCAUGACAAUGAUCCCAAACACACCACCCUGGCAACAAAGGAGUGGCUUCGUAAGAAGCAUUUCAAGGUCCUGGAGUGGCCUAGCCAGUCUCCAGAUCUCAACCCCAUAGAACAUCUUUGGAGGGAGUUGAAAGGCCGUGUUGCCCAGCGACAGCCCCAAAACAUCACUGCUCUAGAGGAGAUCUGCAUGGAGGAAUGGGCCAAAAUACCAGCAACAGUGUGUGAAAACCUUGUGAAGACUUACAGAAAACGUUUGACCUGUGUCAUUGCCAACAAAGGGUAUAUAACAAAGUAUUGAGAAACUUUUGUUAUUGACCCAGAUCGAGGGAGAUUAUCAGUGGUCUUCCAUUUCCUAAUAAUUGCUCCCACAGUUGAUUUCUUCAAACCAAGCUGCUUACCUAUUGCAGAUUCAGUCUUCCCAGCCUGGUGCAGGUCUACAAUUUUGUUUCUGGUGUCCUUUGACAGCUCUUUGGUCUUGGCCAUAGUGGAGUUUGGAGUGUGACUGUUUGAGGUUGUGGACAGGUGUCUUUUAUACUGAUAACAAGUUCAAACAGGUGCCAUUAAUACAGGUAACGAGUGGAGGACAGAGGAGCCUCUUAAAGAAGUUACAGGUCUGUGAGAGCCAGAAAUCUUGCUUGUUUGUAGGUGACCAAAUACUUAUUUUCCACCAUAAUUUGCAAAUAAAAUCAUUAAAAAUCCUACAAUGUGAUUUUCUGGAUUUUUUUUCCCUCAUUUUGUCUGUCAUAGUUGACGUGUACCUAUGAUGAAAAUUACAGGCCUCUCUCAUCUUUUUAAGUGGGAGAACUUGCACAAUUGGUGGCAGACUAAAUACUUUUUUCCCCCACUGUAGUGUUACCGGUAUAUCCAGUUAUCUUAUCCAGCCAGCUAAAGUUAGUUAUUUUAACCUGCUAGCUACCCUAACCAGCUAAUUAGCCUAGCUAGCCAACCACCACGGUCUACAUAGCUAAGAAGUAAGCCAGAGAACAAUUAGUCUAGCAUAGGCAGGAACCCACAGAACACUACAUGACCAAAGUCAAAGAGGAGCUAAGGAGAGGCCUUCAGAGGGAGAGUCAGCUAGCUAAUCCAAUAGUGAUAUAGUGAGGUAAAUCCACAUUGCACCCUUUAAGGAAAUACUUAAGAUGUUUUAUGUAACCGGGCCCAGGGCUCUUCAAUCCUGUUCCUGUUGAGCUAGCCUCCUGUAGGCUUUCGCUCCAACCUCCGUUGUUAUUAACCUGAUUCAGCUUAUCAACCAGCUAAUAUUAGAAUCAGGUGCGCUAGAUUAGGGUUGACGUGAAAACCUACAGGACGGUAUAGCUCUCCAGGAACAGGGUUCGAGAGCCAGACCAGUGCUGAAUAGCUGUAGAAUCAGAUACUUCUAAACAACAACAUUUUCUCUGCACAUAGAGCUAAUCUUUUUAGAAUUACUUUUGCAGUCUGAGUCUAACUGGGAGCUUACUUCCUGGGGGGACUUUGUGGUGAAGGGGUAGGUCAGAUAAGCCUGGGGGAAAACUUGACGGUCAGCGGUCUGUUCCUGAGCCUGAUUACAUUCAGCAGUUGGUUGUUUUGCCCUGCUGCCCUGUUUGUGCUACUGUAUUAUCCCAGACCCCAAAAUGAUCAUCCUGAUCUUAUGUUUCUGAGUCACAACAAGUAGUCUGAAGAUGUUGUUGCUGUGUGUUGAGACUGAUGUAAAUGAGAAGAGGUAGAGGAAAGUGAGUUAUACAGUAUGAGAAGGCCCCAUGAUGUUGUUCUUACUUGGCCACUAAACAGGAAGCUGUGGACUAAGUGACAGGAAACUCUCACUUUCCGUUCCAGUCCGCACUCCACUUGUUUGUCAGCCAAAGAGAACAUGUCGGCCCUAGUCAAUGUUGUGUAAUAUUACCCUCCACUUUUGAAAGAUUGAUGCAGCAUUUUCCACUCUCCUCUUUACCCUCCCCGUCUCUUUGUCUGGGUCUCAGGUAACAUCAUCGGCUCAGGGAUCUUUGUGAGCCCAAAGGGCGUUCUGGAGAAUGCCAGCUCUGUGGGGCUGGCUCUCAUCGUGUGGAUUGUCACCGGAGUGAUCACAGCCAUUGGUGCACUCUGCUAUGCCGAGCUGGGCGUUACCAUCCCCAAGUCUGGAGGAGACUACUCGUAUGUCAAGGACAUAUUUGGAGGACUUGCCGGGUGAGGGAAAGCAGUACAGUACCAUCCUUUUGUCCCCCACCAUUUCUUCAUGUCAUUAACCUAGUUUUGUUAAUGUCUGCCCUUUAUUGUACACAUAAUUCACCAGCCCAUAUUAUUGAAUAGUCUACUGUCAUGCUUGGCAUGUCUGCUAAUUGGUUCUUUGUGUUCCCACUGUCCUCUAAUGAGCACUGGUGUUUAUUUUCCUCACAUACAGUAUCUCAAGCAUUCUGACAGGUUUUUGCGCUACAUCAGAAAUGUAGACAUUGAUAGCCGUGAGUGAGGUGUUUGAUGUGUGACUCUCCGACUCUUCCCCUCCCUACCUACCUCUCCCAGGUUCCUGCGUCUGUGGAUCGCGGUGUUGGUGAUCUACCCCACCAACCAGGCAGUCAUCGCCCUCACCUUCUCCAACUACGUCCUGCAGCCCCUAUUCCCCUCCUGCUUCCCCCCAGAGAGUGGCCUCCGCUUCCUGGCUGCUGUCUGUCUAUGUGAGAGCCUCAGAGAACAUGCAUGCCGCCUUACUUAGUUUUUUUGGAGUGCUUUGUUUACUUCAGCCUGAUUACUGGCCCUCCUGUCUCUCUUCGCUGAGUUUGCGACUUGAGGUAUAUUUGUAGGUCUAUUUUGUUUUCUUCUGUUCUCACUUACUCACUUACAUAUUACCCAAUCUAGUACAGUGUUACUGUAUUCCAUGUGUGAUAUGUUGCUGUAUGCUAUGAUGUGUGAUGUGACUAUUCCUCCUUUUGUCCCAGUGUUGCUGACGUGGGUGAACUGCUCCAGUGUGCGCUGGGCCACUCGUGUUCAGGAUGUCUUCACUACUGGGAAGCUGCUGGCCCUGGGUCUUAUCAUCAUCAUGGGCUUUGUGCAGAUCUGCAAAGGUAGACUCGGUCUCUCCGAUUUUGAUUCUGAUCUGUAACUGUUGAUUUGUUUCAUCAUUCAUUACAAAGUCACAGGGAUGGCUACAGGAUAGGCCUACUGUACGUAGACUAUCGGCAAAGACAGUACAGUAUGGAGAUAGGCUAAAACUGCUUCUCCAAUAGAAAUCCUUGAUCACACUUGUAGGAGAAGUCAUGGCGACUUUGGCUAGCUAAACUCAUGCGUAGAAACACGGCAUCGGGUCUAACGGUCGUCUCGUGCCGAACUGCCCAUGUACAGGCCGUCAAAUCAAAGGCACUCCUUCGACAAAGUUGUUUUUCACAAAAAUUAAAACGUGUCGUUCCCGGAAGUCUUGCAAUGUUGCGCCUCGGGGUUUACAAACUCUGCUAUCGGUCCCACUGACACAUACUUUACGGUCUUAAUCUCUGUCUCCCCCUGCUGGACAAAGUGUCUGAGGCCACUAGAAGAUUGAGAAACUUGUCUAAUCUCUGUUAUUCACCCAGAACCUUUGAUACACUCAGGAAUAAUCCCCAAGAUGUGAGAGGGGGAAUUAUGGCUUUAUAAACAUAUAGUGCCAGGACACCACAAUACUGUUAUCUUGUGCUUCCCGCAGGAUUUGCAUUGCCCCUAUGUGAGAGAGGGGAUUAAAGUCCCCAUACCUCUUCAUCCCACUCAUAAUCCCUGACCAAACCAGGCCCCCAGUGUCCUGUCUGGAGCGUGAAGUCACGAGCUCUGCUGGUCGGCUACUGCGUAGCAACCUAGCGGUUCCAAAAGCCCUGGUCUGCCCUAGAAAGCCUAUGUAAAUAACAAUCGCCAGAAUGGCCAAACAAAACUUCUUUAGACUGCUGUUUUAGCCUCUAAAAUGUGUUUAUUAUGAUCAAGUGCGACCCCCACGGGUAAUCAUUUUAAAGUUCGCUACAAAUCGGGAUAUUUAAUUAACUACACUGAACAGAAAUAUAAACGCAACAUGCAACAAUUUUCAAAGAUUUGACUGAGUUACAUUUCAUAUAAGGAAAUCUGUCAAUUGAAAUAAACUCAUUAGGCCCUAAUCUAUGGAUUUCACAUGACUUGGCAGGGGUGCAGCCAUGGGUGGGCCUUGGAGGGCGUAGGCCCACUCACUUGGCAGCCAGGCCCACCCACUAGGGAGCCAGGCCCAGCCAAUCAGAAUACGUUUUUCCCCACUAAAGGCACCCCCCCCCCAGACGCUGUCUGCCCUCUGCCCGGUACAGUUGAAACCGGGAUUCAUCCGCGAAGAGCACACUUCUCCAGCGGCCAGUGGCCAUCGAAGGUGAGCAUUUGCCCACUGAAGUCAGUUACGACUCCGAACUGCAAUCAGGUCGAGACCCUGGUGAGGACGGCAAGCUUUCCGAGACUGUUUUUGCUGAAAUUCUUCGGUUGUGCAUACCCACAGUUUCAUCGGCUGUCCGGGUGGCUGGUCUCAGACAAUCCCGCAGGUGUAGAAGCCGGAUGUGGAGGUCCUGGGCUGGCGUGUUUACACUGGGUCUGCGGUUGUGAGGCCGGUUGGAUGUAAUUCUCUAAAACGACGUUGGAGGCAGCUUAUGGUAGAGAAAUUAACAUUCAAUUAUCUGGCAACUGCUCUGGUGGACAUUCCUGCAGUCAGCAUGCCAAUUGCAUGCUCCCUCAACUUGAGACAACUGUGGCAUUGUGUGACAAAACUGCACAUUUUAAAGUGUCCUUUCAUUGUCCCAAGCACAAGGUGCACCUGUGUACUGAUCAUGCUGUUUGAUCAGCUUCUUGAUUCACCACACCUGUCAGGUGGAUGGUUUAGCUUGGCAAAGGAGAAUUGCUCACUAACAGAGAUGUAAACAAAAUUUGAGCUAAAUAAGCUUUUUGUGCAUAUAGAACAUUUCUGGGAUUUAUUUCAGCUCAUGAAACAUGGGACCAACACCUUACAUGUUGCGUUUUAUAUUUUUGUUCAGUGUAGUUAUCCAUUCUGACUACUACAUUUGUCGUGACGCAGGACCACGUGCUGACACAGACAAAUCACGGGCCAACAGGCUACGAGGAGGCUCGCUCCCUCAGGCCAUAGGCAUUUAAGGUUGACUCUCAGAUGAAAACGACUACAUCGACCAUAAUCCUUUGCUGCAGUAUCGGCCACUUUCACCAUGAUCCUCAGUGAUUUGUUUUUGGGGUGCCAUUCAGCAAUAUGACGCUUCAAAUUCAAAUACUUCCGGCUUCAUGCGCCAUCGGGAGUUUUCCAUAUGAAUACGUGGAUGACGUCAGCGCUAUCACUAUCUACUGGUUUUAAUGUCCAUGGACCACACACAUACAUACAUACAUACAUACAUACAUACAUACAUACAUACAUACACACACACACACACACACACACACACACACACGAUUCCACCACCCACUCUGUGUUGUGUGUGUGUGUGUGUGUGUACCCAGGGGAAUAUUACUGGCUGGAGCCAGCGCAUGCAUUCGAGACGUUCCAGCCCUACGACAUUGGCCAGAUAGCCCUGUCCUUCCUGCAAGGCUCCUUUGCCUACGGGGGGUGGAACUUCCUCAACUAUGUCACAGAGGAGCUUGUCGACCCCUACAAGUGAGCUAGAUCCCCAACUUGAACGAAAUCACAAGUUGCAUACGGUCUCAACAGGGUAGCAUUACGUACACACCCAAUCUAGCCAGUCUCAUGUCUGGUUAUCAUUAGUGCUCGACUUGAGAAGGAGCUCACCGGAGUGGAGUUCCGGCACCUAAACUGUUAUACUGCUUGAGCUCCUGCACCGCUUAUAGAAUAGUAGCUCAAAAGUAUUGUGGAGCUCCUGCACCUAAAUAUACUGUACCGGCACCCAAAAUGAGUACCGGUACCUAUUUCAGUCCAAGUCAAGCACUGGUUAUCCUAGUCAACCAUGAUCUAUACCUAUAACUCUGUAUUACAGAUGAGACUGUGCCUGUUAGACAUGUGUUAUCAAAUCUGAUGGUAAUUCACACCAUAAAUACACCCUCACCAGAACCCCAGCUCUUCAACCCUGUUCUUUCUGUAUAACAGGAACCUUCCUCGGGCCAUCUUCAUCUCCAUCCCUCUGGUGACUUUUGUUUACGUGUUCGCCAACAUCGCCUAUGUCACCGCCAUGAGUCCUCAGGAGCUGCUGGCCUCCAACGCCGUCGCUGUGGUGAGAUGCCCUCCCCAUUCCACUGCCCUUGUGUAGUAGCUGUUGUUGGGAAUCAUGCAGCUUGGUCUAAAGCCUGGUUAUCAGUAGAAAAUGCUUUUAGUCACCGGUCUUGAGUUUCAAAGUCAUCCAGAAAUGUCUGUUAGUAGAUAUUUUGUGUGUGUUGUUGAACCUCUCUCCUCUCUCCCUUGUCCACUCCAAACUCUCUCCCAGACAUUUGGUGAGAAGUUACUUGGAGUGAUGUCAUGGAUCAUGCCCAUCUCUGUGGCUCUGUCUACCUUCGGGGGGGUCAAUGGCUCCCUCUUCACCUCGUCGCGGUUAGUUAUGCACCCCAUCUCUCUCUCUUUCUCUCACACUCACACACACACUGUCUGUCAUUUACAUUCCCCAUACCUGUUUCCUGUCUGUAGUGCGUCCUUCAUACAUGGGGAAAUAUCAGACCACAGAAUGAUCACAUCUAGUCACUCUGAUGCCUGUUCUUUCUGCACCAUCUCUUCCCCUUUCUUAUUCCAUAUGUUGUACCUCUGUGUGCCUCUACCCAUCACUGCCUUGGUUUGUCAUUUCUUUGUGUCCCAUUUGUUAUCACCUGUGUUUCUGUGUUUUUCUACACCUCAAUGGACUGUUUUUUUCCCUCAUUCUUUGUGAGUCCAAAAGCAACAAAACAGGGAGGACUGUUUUUCCAGUAUCUCAGUGCUGACUUUGUGUUAAUGUUGUUCUUCACGGUCUCUCUCAUUCAGGCUGUUUUUUGCUGGAGCGAGGGAAGGCCAUCUCCCCCGGGUACUGGCCAUGAUUCAUGUGAAACGCUGCACCCCAAUCCCAGCCCUGCUAUUCACUGUGAGUCCUAACUUUACCCAACAUCAUCAUCUCUCUUCCUCUCUCACUCCUACAAACAUAUCAUCCCAGUUCACUCUCUUUCUAUGUAGUCUGAUCUCUCUGGAGACUUUAAUGCCUAAUUUGACUUUUAAAUGAAUGGAUGAUUUUUGCCCCACCUCCCCGCUUCUUUACAGUGUAUAUCCACCCUACUGAUGCUGUGCACCAGUGACAUGUAUACCCUCAUCAACUAUGUGGGCUUCAUAAACUACCUCUUCUAUGGGGUCACUGUUGCUGGGCAGAUUGUGCUGCGCAUCAAACAGCCUGACCUGUAUCGGCCUAUCAAGGUAAACCCUCCAUGUCUGUCCUUCCAUCACUCGAUCCUAUUGGACAAGGUUAUUGCUUUCUUGCACAUUUUGGGAGGAGCAUGAUUUUGAUAAGAAUGCUAGACUGCAAUCAGGACAGUAUUGAGUAAUGAGUCUACUCUUGUUUAUGACAAGUUACAAGCUGACACAUGCACAAUGCCAUCAUUUUCAAAGCAUGCGUUGUGUUCCCCCUGUGCAUUGUUCAAUUUUGUUGACUCUGUACUUUGUUUGUAUUACAUUGUUUGUGUAAAGUUGAUCAUGUAUGGGAUUGUGUAGUUUGCUUGUGUAUAGAUUGUUGGCUGUCCUGUCUUCAGGUGAGCCUGGUGUGGCCAGUGAUCUACCUGUUGUUCUGGGCCUUCCUGCUCAUCUUCUCGCUGUACUCUGAGCCCGUGGUGUGUGGCCUCGGCAUGGCUAUCAUGCUGACUGGAGUCCCUGUCUACUUCCUGGGGGUCUACUGGGACAACAAGCCCCAAUGCUUCAACACCUUCAUCGGUAUGGAAACCAUAUUCACUAGUGAUGGUGCUCAUUACUACGACCCCUAGUUCUUCCUGGUCAGGUCAUGUGGUCAGGAAACACUGGGUUCUAGUUAAGUGGUAAAAAACGGUACCUGUACCAUUCAUUGUAGUGCAAAAUGCUUUACCUUUGGGAUUAUAUUGAUAUGAAAUCUCUUAUUUUCUUCUUUCACUCUUGGUUACUCACUUCCUUCUCCCACCCAGGUAAGAUGACCCUCGUGUGCCAAAAGUUCUGUGUGGUGGUGUACCCAGACAUGGGUGAAAGCAAAAAUGUAGGAAACCAGGGAUCAGAACAGGGACAGAAAGAAGAACAGGGGAAUGCAUUGAACCCAUCUGAAUGA